AUGUAUAAAAAUAUAUUUUCUCCUCAUGAUAACAUAAAAGAAGAUAGAUAUAAAGUAUAUUAUUAUCAUACUAAUGAUUUAAUAAAUGAUGAAUAUAGAAUAAGUUAUAUAGAAUGUUAUAAAAUAAAAAAUGAAAAAAUAGUUACUAUACUUCAUUAUGUGCUCUGUAUCUUAUCUGUUGGAUUAUUACCUUUAAUAUUAUCUUGGUUUCCUAUUUUUUAUUUUCGAUUAUUACAUUCAAAGUGUUUAUUAAAUGAAUGCGAAAAAGUCCUAAUAAUAACAAAAGAUGGAAAUAAAUAUAUAAAGGAAAUUAAAAAAAUUAAAUUUAAUCAUAAUGUAUGCUAUGUUAUGAAUGAUGUUUUUUUUUUGGAGGAGCAGUCGAUGUAUUAUAUGUAUAAUGAUGAUGAGGAGGAAAAGAAAAAUAAUUUUUAUGGUAUGAACAUAAUUGAUGAAGGAAGGAUUCAAAAGAAGGAUUAUAUAAAUUGUGGUGACAAAAUAAAUUGUGGUGAUAAUAUAAAUUGGGGUGAUAAUAUAAAUUGGGAUGGUGAUAUACGCCUCCAUAAUAAUAAAUACAUUAAUAUACAUCAUCCUUUGAAUGAGAGUAUGGAAUAUAAUAAAUCAGUGAUCCAAAAUAAUAAUGAUAUAACAUACUUAUUUGAAUUUUUAGAUAUACGUUAUGUAUAUAUUAAAAAAAAAAAAUAUUUUGUAGAAUUAUAUUUCAAUAUAAAUCAUCCAUAUAGUUCUAUCCAUCUUAUGUGUAAAGGUUUAAGAAAUGAAAACUUAAUAAAGGAUAGAAAGAUAUUAUAUGGUGAAUGUAAUUUAAAUAUAAAGUUUGAUUCAUUUAUUAUAUUAUUAUUUAAAGAAAUUAUGAAUCCUUUUUUUAUGUUUCAAUUAUUUUCUAUGUUAAUAUGGAGUUUAAAUAACUAUAUAGAAUAUUCAAUAAGUAUCUUAUUUAUAACAAGUUUAUCUAUUAUAUUAGAAUUAUACACUACUAUAAAAAAUCAAAAGAAAAUAAAAAAUAUGUUACAUUAUAUAUGUCAAGUAAAAGUAUAUAGAUAUAAUACUUCUUAUAUUAUUAAUUCAUCAGAAUUAGUUCCAGGGGAUAUAUAUGAAAUCAUAAAUAAUAUGACAAUACCUUGUGAUACUAUAUUAUUAUCUGGAUCUGUAACCAUGUCAGAACAUAUGCUAACAGGAGAAUCUGUGCCUAUAUAUAAGGAAUCUUUGCCCUUUCACACAAAUGUUAUAAAUAAAACAAACAAACAAAAUCAAAAUGUAUAUCAAAAUGUAUAUCAAAAUGUAUAUCAAAAUGUAUAUCAAAAUGUAUAUCAAAAUGUAUAUCAAAACAUUUAUCCACAUAUAUAUCAAAAUAUAAAUGAAAAGGAUCAACACCUUCAUAUUUAUAAUAACGAUGCCACCACUAAUGUAGUCAAUCAUAAUCAUGUUAUUAUCAAAAAGACGCUGGAAAAAAAUGAUAAGGAAUAUAAAAGUAAUACCCAUCAUUUAAAUACUAGGAACAAAUUAUUCCAUUUAAAUAACACCUAUGAUGAUGAACAUAUUAAAAAUAACAAAAUAAAUUUUGAAAAAAAAAAAAAAAAAAUUAACAAUUUAAACUGUCUUAAAGGAACAGAUAUGAAUACAAAAAAUUUAUUAUAUGACCAUAAAAUGUGCUUCAAUAUUUGUAAUGAUAAUCAUCAUGUAAAUAAUAUUAACAAUAAAUUUAAUCACAGUAAUAUAAAUUAUGAUUAUAAUAAACAUACUAAUCAUCUAAAUUGUGAUGAAGAGAAUAGUUAUAUAUAUGAGUGCCAAUUAAAAAACGCAGAACAUAUUUCACAAAAAAAUAAAAAUAUAAUAUAUUCUAAAGAAGAAAUAAAUAAAUGUAUCUUGUAUGCAGGUACUUAUGUUUUAUCAUUAAAUAAUAUAGAUAGAAUAAAAUAUAAUAAAGAAGAAAAAAGAAUCCUAGGGUUAGUCAUAAAAACAGGAUUUAUUACAACAAAGGGAAAAAUAGUUAAUAAUAUAUUAUAUUAUAAAAAGAAAGAAUUGAAUUUAAUUUAUGAUUCAUAUAAAUUUAUAAUUAUAUUAAUUAUAUAUGCAUUAUUUAGUGUACUCAUUCUUUUAUAUAUAACCAUAAGUAAUAAUGAAUAUACAAAUAAUAUUAUAAUUAAAUGUCUAGAUAUUAUAACAGAUGCAAUACCUCCAGCCUUACCAACAACCUUGACAGUAGGAAUUACUAUAGCUGUAAGUAGAUUAAAAAAAAAGUAUUCUAUAUCAUGUUUAUGUCCAAAUAAAAUAAAUUUAGCAGGGCAAAUAAAUACUAUGGUAUUUGAUAAAACAGGUACUCUGACAGAAAAUAAUUUAGAAUUUAUAGGAAUAAUAAUACAAAAUGAAAAGGAUAAAAAUAUUUUAACUGAUUUUAUUCCUAUAAAGGAAAUGAAUACAGAAUCUUAUAUUGAUUCUAUAGAUGAUAAUAUUAUACAUAAUAAAGAUUCUAUUACAUCAGAACAUUAUAUUAAUGAUAAUAUGAAGAAUUCACUUAUAUCUUCAAAUAAAAAAAGUAUAACAACAAAUGAGGGUUCUAAUUUUUUAGUACAAACUAUAAAAAGAUACUUAUUAAAGGAUCAUUCUGUGAAGCAAGAAGAAAAUGAAUAUUAUAAAAAUAAUACAUAUGGAAAUAAUGUAGAUAUAAAUGAUAGUACAUGUUCUUCCAAUCUAUUAAAUUCUGACACAGAGAAUGGGUAUUGUGAAUAUUAUAAUAUUGAUCAUUUACAUAAUAUGAAUAAAAAGACCAUGGAUAUGAAUUCAAAAAAUGAAUUAAUAGAUAAAAAUAUAGAAACAAAAGUUGAUCUAGAAAACAAUAUAUAUCCUAUUAACUAUGAUUAUAAUAAUAAUAAUAAUUGUGGUGAUAUAUAUCAUAGAUUAGAAUGCAAUAAUAUAAAUAAAGAUAAUUCAUUUAUUCUAGAUCCUGAAAAAAAUAAAAAUUAUAAUAAUAUAAGUGAACACUUAAAAAUUAAUUAUCCUAUCCUAUUUGAAGCAUUAGCUUGUUGCCAUACACUAUGUAAAGUAAACAAUGAAAUAAUUGGAGAUGUUCUAGAAUUAUCAAUGUUUAAUUCCACAAAUUGUGAUAUGAUAAUAAAUAAUAAUUCUUUUAUUAUCAAACAAAAAGAAAACAAAAAUUCUUCUUGUGAUUUUGAAAAAAUAUAUGGUGAUAAACAAAAAAAUAGGAAUAAUGGGAGAUGUCAUUUGAAUAAUAAUUUAGUAUGUUAUAAUAUUUUAAAAAAAUUUGAGUUUCAAAGUACAUUACAAAGAAUGAGUGUAAUUGUAAAAAGUAUAUAUGGUAAUGAACAAAUCACAAAAGAAGAUCAUAAUGAUAAUAAUGAUAAUUUUGAUAAUAAUAGUGAUAAUAAUAGUGAUAAUUAUUAUAAUAUUUUUUGUAAGGGUAGCCCAGAGAAAAUUAAAGAGUUGUGCUUAAAAAGUAAUAUACCAAAUAAUUAUGAUGAAAUAUUAAAUAAAUAUACAAAACAAGGUAUGAGAAUAUUAAGCAUAUGUUAUAAAAGAGUAAACGCAAAAAAUAUAAACUUAUUAAACGUUAAAAGAAGUUUUGUAGAAUCUAAUUUAUAUUUUUUGGGUUUUUUAAUAUUUACAAAUAAUAUGAAAAAGAAUGCACCUGAUAUUAUACAUAAUUUACAAUCAUCUGGAUGUCAAUGUAUUAUGUCAACAGGUGAUAAUGUCUUAACAUCAAUACAUGUAGCCAAAAAAUGUGGAAUCAUUAAUACAAAUGUAGAAUCGAUAAUUAUUGGAGAUGUAAUAUCUGUUACUAAUAAAAAUAACAAAAAAAUAAAAAAAAAGUUAAUUUGGUAUACUGAUCAAAAUGAUGUAUUUUUAAAAAGUCAUGAUAAAAAGAUAUCUAUAGAUACAAAAUUUACAUCUAUUCAAUCACAUCUAAAUAAUGAUAAUAUGAUUAAUUCUUAUAAUCAUCAUUUUGAUGAUUGUAUUACACCAUAUCACAACUCAACACAUAAUAAUAUUAAUAGUAAUAGUAAUAAUAAUAAUAUGUUAUAUAAUAACAACAUUUUUUAUGAUAAAGAAAAUGAUAAAGAUAAAAAUUAUAAAAAUAUAUCUACAUUUUCUGAACAUACUCCCAACAAUGAUAUACCAUUCGAUAAAUUAUGUGAUAUAUUAUUUAAUAAAGAUCCAAGAAAUGUAAGUAUUGUCUUAACAGGAAAAGCAUUUAUAUUUUUAAAAAAAAAAUUUGAAUCAUUUCAUUUACCAUAUUAUGAAGAAUGUAAAAAUAUUGUACAUUAUAUUUUGAAAAAGAAACAUAAAAAAAUUAAAAAUAUAAUAAAUAAUCAUAAUAGUAAUCUAUAUUACCAUAAUAAUAUCAUUAAUACAAUUAUUGAACGAAUCAAUAAUAAAAAUAUGUGCUUCAAUAAACUAUUAUAUAAUGUACAACAAAAAUUAUUUUAUAAUCUAUUUAAUAAUAUAUAUAAAAAGAAAAAAAAUAGCAACAAUUUUUAUGAUCUCAAUGAACAACAUUUAUUAGAAGAUUAUAAUAAUAAUAAUAAAAAAAAAAAAAAAAAAAAAAAAAAUAUAUAUCCAUAUACUAUGAAAAUUAUAACAAAGAAUAAACGUAAUCAUAAUAUUAUUUUUAACACACAUACAAGUAAUAUACAUUUCAAUAAAUUCAAAUAUAUACAUCAUAAAAAUUAUUAUUAUCCUCAUAAUUGUAUGAAUCUACAAAAAAAAAAAAAAUCCCUUUUUUAUUAUCUAAAAAAAUAUAUUAACUCUGAAAAAAACAAAGAUUUACAGAAUGGUUUAUUAGAACAUGAUAAUUAUAAACAGCAAGAGGUACCACUAAAUAAGGAUAUAAAUUAUUCUUAUCAAAUGGAAUCUAUAAAAACAAAAAAUUUUAUUCAUUCGGUAAGUGACCAAUUUUGUAUCUUUUCAAGUCUAAUUCUGUCUUUUUAUAUUAUAAAAAAUGAUAAAAAAAAAAAAAAUAAUAAAAAAAUAAAUAAAAUAAAUAAUAUAUAUAAUAUAUAUAAUACAUAUAAUACAUAUAACAAAAAGAACCUUUUAACACACAAAAGAAGUUUUUUCCAUAGUCGAUCCACAAAAUUUGUCAAAUUAUUUUCCAAUAUAAUAAGACGACAAAAAAUCAAAGACAAAUAUAAUAAGAAAAUAAGAAAAUAUAAAAUGAAUCAUAUAAAUAAUAUUAUAGAGAAAGGACAUGUUAUAUUAAAUAUGUAUCCACAUGGUUUCAAAAAAGAUUAUUCGUCAUUAAAAAAUAAAUACAAUAUAAUUAAUAAUGAAGAAUAUAAUUUAAAAAAUGAUAAUGUUUAUGAUAAUCAUGUUUAUAAUAUGACCGAUAUGUAUAGAAAUAUAAAAUAUGGAUGGGGUGAAGAAAAAAUGAAAAACAUUUCUAUUCACAAUAAUGAUAUAUUUGAAAAUAAAAUAGAUUCAUUCUUACAACAUUUAUUGAUACAUAAAUGCAAAAGGAAUAUAUGUCAUAAAUAUAAUGAUAUUAAAAAUAUAAAAUUAUCUAUAUAUGAAUAUAUUUUAAGAACAUGUACUGUAUAUGCUAGAAUGAAACCUAAGGAUAAAAGUGAUUUAAUUUUAUCUUUAAAGAAAUUACCAAAUAAUCCAUAUGUUGGAAUGUGUGGUGAUGGAUCAAAUGAUUGUUUGGCAUUAACCUCUGCAGAUAUAGGAAUAUCUUUAUGUAAUAAUAAUGAAUCUUCUUUAUGUUCCUCUUUUACAUCUAAUAAAUUAUAUCUUCAUAGUGUAAUUAAUAUAUUGAUUGAAGGGAGAGCAUCUUUAGUUAAUUCAUUUCAAUUAUUUAAAUAUAUCUCUUUAUAUUCUAUUAUGCAAUGUUCUCAAGUUCUUAUCUUAUAUUCUAAAUCUAAUAAAUUAACAGAUAAUCAAUAUAUUUUUAUUGAUAUAGUUACAGUAUUGCCUUUAUCUAUUUUUAUGUGUUGGACACCAGCUAGCGAAAAAUUGUCAAAAAAUAUUCCUAUGGGCAAAUUAUUUUCAUUUCCAGUAUUGAUUAGUAUAUAUGGACAAAUAAUUAUUCAGUUGUUUUUUGUUAUGAUUUCUUUAGUUCUCUUAAUGAAUAUGUCAUUUUAUAAAUAUGAAAAAAAUACAAAUAUAAAAGAAAAAUUGGAUGAUUCUUAUAUAUAUAAGGCUCAAAAUACACUUUUAUAUAUUCUUGGAUCUUUUCAAAAUUUGUUUAUCUGUAUAUCUUUAAAUAUAAAAAAUGAGUGGAGAAAGAGUGUGUUUACAAACAUUGCCUUUAUAAUUUGGAUGUCCUUUUUACUUUUUGUGAGUACUUGUAUUACCUUUUUUUCCUCAGAAAUGUUUUUAGUAGGUUGGAUUACUGACUUACUCAAACAACAUCUAAGUUUAAUUACAUUUCCUUUUUAUUUUCGUAUAUAUUUAUUUUUCAUUUUGAUUUCCAAUUUUUUAUGUUCCUAUUCAUAUGAAAAGUAUAUUAUAAAAUAUUUUGAGAAAAGGGAAAUCCAAAAGAAAUAUAAUUACAAUCAUAUGAAUAUUUUUUGUUCACCUCAAGAAUUAGAUACUACAAAUGUUAUCGUAACGUGUGAUUAG